ACAGCUUUAAAAGCGCAGUAAGAUCAUGCAGGUGGUCAGAUUGACUGAAGACUCCACGCUCUUUUUAACCAAUCGAUCAUCAAUAAUGUCAGAGGCAGUCAUGCCAGGAGGAUGGUCAGAUGAGAAGCCGGUCACCCUAGAGGUGAUACAAAUCUGCCUUCAGGUGAGGAGAUUCAUACUGGAGAAGUCUGAGAACCAUUCUCGUAUCUUCAUUCCUCUUAAAUUCAGAUAUCAGAUUGUUGCAGGAAAAAACUACUUGGUCAAGGUGUAUGUCGCUGAAGAUAAAUGUGCUCAUGCACUGAUAUAUCAGUCUACUGAUGGGAAACUGACUGUGGAAGUAGUCCAGUACCCCAAAACAUUUGAUGAUCCUCUGACCCCUCCUAAGCAAUCAGCCUCUAGAAAAUGAGUGUGUGUAACUAGUGUAAGCACAGACACACUGAGUGAUCUGCCAUACGGUGUAGAGGAACUGUUCAAAACUGCUUCAUUCCUCAACAUUAAACUCUCAACUCAA